GAUUAUCCGGAACCAUCCAGAACUAUAUCCAGAACUAUCCAGAACCAUCCGGAAUCAUUCAGGACCAUCCGGAACCACACAGAACCAUCUGGAACCAUCCAAGACUAUCAAGGAUUAUCCGGAACCAUCCAGAACUAUCCUGAAUCAUCCAGGACCAUCCGGAACCACACAGAGCAGAGACAGGAGCCCAAAACCUUUUUUAAACUGGAGAGUCGGGUCGAGUCCAGUUGGGCCAAGCCUCAAACCCGGCAUCUUUGGAUAAGCCCUCAGGGCCCGGUCCAAACCCAGUCCGGAACCCUGUGGGUCCAUUCAGGCCGGGCGGCACUGGUGUGAAGUCAGCUGUUGAUUGGCUAAUUGACAGUGGGGGCGGAGUCAAAGACAAUCCCAGAUCUCCAAUAGUUGAUGUUCUGUUUGGCCCGAUGUGCCGACCCAACUUGAAUCUGGAACUAGAAAAAAGAGGAAGAACCAGGAAUUGCUGACCAGAGAAGAAAAUGCUCCACAACAACUAACAGCUUCUUUAACAAUCUUUCCAGAUUGGACCAGAACCAACCACCUUCCUACCAACAGCACUACAGCUCUGUGGUUCUGAGGAGCUAUUCCAGGACCCCUUCAGUGACACAGUUGCAGUUCAGUCCUAAACCCAGUCAUCCCAUUAAACCCAAUGUGCAGUGAUCCGGGUCAGGCUGGGAUCUAAGGAGAGCUGACAGAAAAGGAGCUCCAGGUCAGGCUCCUCAUCUCUCUGGCCCGGUUCAGCGUCUUUAUGAGGUCCGGUAGCUUCACAAACAACGCUGCGUCUGAUUUACAUCAGUAGGUCUGGUUUCCUCUCACACACUCCAGAGAGUGUGAACCAGGUUUUUAUGUCCUUGUGGGGACAUUUUGGUCCCCAUAAGGGGAAACGCUGUUUUUGGGUUAGACUGUAGAAAAUGAAUGGAAAUCAGUGUGAAGUCCCUACAAGACACAAAAACAUGGCUGUGAAUGUGUGCGUGCACGUGUGUGUUUGCGAGGGUCCGUGUGCACGUGUAUGUGUGUGUGUGUUUUCAUCUUCCUGCUCAUUGGAGCUGAAACAGUCCAGGUCACAUGACCUCAGUCUGAACUGUUUUCCAGUCAAGAGAACCAUCAGUUCUGGUGAACCAUCUCCUCCUUCAGAGUUCUGGAGUCUCCCGGUUUGACCCGAAGAAAGAACAGAACCAGAAACCCAGACCCUUAGUUGGGUUCUUCAAAUACAUCCAGGACUUGUCAGGUUUUAAUGAAGCGAUUCCCUUUCAUUAUUUGGCAUUUGUUGUCCUCUGUGGAUCUCUUUUGGGUCAUUUUCUUCUUCCUCCUCCUCCCCCUUUAGUCAGCCAGCGCAGGCUCUUCCUCCUCCUCUUCAUCAUUUGUCGGCAGCAUGUCUGAGCGUCGGUUCCGUCAGGAGGACGACCGCUCCUCUCUCCUUUCCCGGCUCGGUUCAGAUUCUCCUCGUCCUCGGAUGAAGUUCGGAGGAAUGUUCUGCAACGUGGAAGGCGCUUUCGAGAACAAAACUCUGAACUUCGAGUCCUUCAGUCCUCGGCUGCAGCGCCGUGGCGCCGGUCCGACCCAAACAGGAGGCCAACAUGGAGUAUGGACCGCAGUCCUUCCAUCUGGACACACCCGGGAAAACUACGGCAAGAGAGAGGGAGACUGUCUCCUCAUCAAAGGAGGAAAAGUUGUCAAUGACGAUCAGUCGUUCUACGCCGAUGUCUACAUUGAGGACGGGACUAUCAGGCAGAUAGGCGAGAACCUGAUUAUCCCAUCUGGUGUGAAGACGCUGGAUGCGUACGGUCAGCUGGUGAUCCCUGGAGGCGUAGAUGCCAACACCAACCUCCAGGCUCCGCAGAAAGGCCUGAUCCCGUGUGACGACUUCUACCAGGGAACCAAAGCCGCCCUUUCUGGAGGAACCACCACCAUCAUCGACCAUGUGUUGGUGGAGCCGGGGACUAGCUUGCUGUCAGCGUUUGAUCUGUGGAAGGAGACGGCAGAGCAGAGGGCGUGCUGUGACUUUUCCUUCCAUCUGGAUGUCACCAGGUGGCACGAAGGCCUCUACGAGGAGCUGGAGACGCUCGUCAAAGAUAAAGGGGUGAAUUCCUUCCUCUUCUUUAUGGCUUACAAAGACCGGUACCAGAGCUCCGACUCUCAGCUGUAUGAGGCGUUUGGGAUCCUCCGGGAUCUUGGAGCAAUUGCUCAGGUCCAUGCUGAGAACGGUGACAUCAUCGAUGAGGAGCAGAAAAAACUUCUCAGUGUGGGUAUUACUGGACCUGAAGGCCAUGUUUUAUCUCACCCUGAAGAGGUAAAA